GUGAGUCUGUGAAAGUGUGAGCGACUAUCGGACGUCAGCAUAUCUACAGCGUCCGCAACAACAACGACGCGGAGGUUCAGCACCAAAAGUUUGAAUUGCUUUUUUAUUUGUGCAUAGCUCGAGCGAGCUUUCAAGUGGUCUUACCAAUAAAGAUACUUUGUUAUUUACCAUCAUUCUACAAUAAUUACGAAUAGAAAUCCACAGUGAUCAGUUUUGUAUCAUAAUAAAAUUGUUUUAAAUCGUAAAGAAAAAUACGAGCAACAUGUCCCAUCAGUGCAGCUGCGGUCGCGAUCUUAACAACAACUAUGUAUCAUAUACGAGUGCCUAUGCUAAUGCGAAUGUGGGAUUGGAUCGGGAUGCAAAUUCUAAUGUCAGCAAUAAGUCCAACAACUCUCCACAUCACACUCAGCUUACUGCAAAGGUUAUGUUUGGGACAGUGGGUGCCUUGAAGGAUCUGCGGGAUAAGGAGCAACGUCAAUCACGACAUACAACAACCCGUACCGUCGAACGGCGUAACUAAAUUGCUAUAUUCAUGCAUGACACAGGGAUAACAUACAGUUAUUGCCAAGUCAAAAAAAAAAAAAAAUGAAGCAUUACAGGUGCUGUGGGGAAACUUGGACAUUUAAUGUCGGGUUCAUUCUAAAUAGUUGCUGUCUUAAACUGCACGACAUUUGCCUUGUGGCCGGAGUGUGUAACUCGAAGAUAACUUGUUAUGAGGCUUAAAAUUUUAAAGGGAUCUAGAAAUUGCCAUUUGCUCAACAAUGUGCAAAAACUAACUGAUACCUGAUAGGUUCAAAAUAAAAUUGUUUUAUAAUUUAUUAACAUUCUUCGAUUUUAAUAUAAGAGUUUUGAGGAAACAACCCAAAAAAUUGUUGUAAAUGCUGAGUUCUAAAUACAUUAGUUAUUGCUAUGCUUUAUAUACUCUGUAAAUAUAGAUUAGCUAUGUACGUCCAAUAUGAGUGUUGUUACCAUUGUAUAUGAAUGUAUAUACACAAUGACAUGUCUUGUUGCCUAUUGGCAGCUCGAGAAAUUAUUUGUGGUUUUUGUUUUGUUUUCCAAAUAACUUUUUAGUAUUUUAAUUAUAAUUUUUGUAUUAUAGUGUACAUGUACGUAAAAUAAUGUUAGAGAGAUUUAUAAUAUAUACAAAAGUGUAAUAGGAAGUUAUUUAGUCAAACUCUUAAUUAUAAGCUUACGUACUUAAAUUACUUUUUAGAUUCCAAACUUUGUCGAUUUUCGGCUUUCUAA